GAAGUGGGAGACGUCUGUGAGAGCAUAGCUUACCUCUUUUCUCCCCUUCCAUUUCUUGCACUGGGAUCAUACAUGCUAAUCAUGUAUUCUACCAUCAAGCUAUACCUUCAGGCCCCAAACUAGAUCUUUUUGAAGAUGAAAAUUUCUUUGGAAUCACUGCAUUAUAAUGAAGGAGACCAUAGGAUAAAUUGAGUAAUAGAAGUCUGUGUAAGCAGUCUGAAAGAUCUGGGCUACCUGACCAUUAUGGCAUCAAGAAACCUCUGGCACAUGAGAAGUAACUUUCUUUUUGGGUCAAGAUACUGGAUAAUGCAAUGUUCAACAGAAAUUCUCCUCAAAUCCAUUUCAUUUAGGCCUUUUGGUGUGAAAUGUAAUAAUAUAGACAGUGAACCUUCAGAGAAUGAAGACCUGCUGAAUAACUUACUUAUCAUGGGAGUUGAUAUUGACAUGGCUAGGAAAAGACAGCCUGGAGUGUUUAAUAGGAUGGUUACUAAUGAACAGGACUUGCAGAUGUUCCUUCUCUCCAAAGGAGCUAGCAAAGAAGUGAUUGCUAGUAUCAUAUCAAGAUAUCCACGAGCCAUAACACGUACUACUGAAAGUCUUUCAAAACGGUGGGAUCUGUGGAGAAAGAUUAUCACAUCAGAUCUUGAAAUUGUAAAUAUUCUGGAACGUUCUCCUGAAUCCUUUUUUCGGUCAAGGAACAAUGAAGACUUAGAGAAAAAUAUAAGCUACCUUUGUUCAGUUGGAUUGACCAGUAAAUGCCUCUGUCGAUUAUUGACCAAUGCCCCUCGUACCUUCUCUAAUAGUUUUGAUUUGAAUAAGCAGAUGGUUGAAUUUUUACAUGAAGUAUGUUUGUCUUUGGGUUAUAAUGACCCCUCAGAUUUUGUGAGAAAGAUAAUUUUCAAAAACCCUUUCAUCUUAAUUCAGAGCACCAAACGAGUGAAAGCUAAUAUUGAAUUUUUACAAUCAACUUUCACAUUGAACAAGGAAGAACUACUAGUUCUGAUAUGUGGUUCAGGAGCUGGAAUCUUAGACCUUUCCAAUGAUUAUGUAAAAAGAAACUACAAAAAUAUCAAAGAGAAGCUGUUUUCCUUGGAAUGUACUGAAGAGGAGGUACAGAAGUUUGUCUUAAGCUAUCCAGAUAUGAUCUUCUUGGCAGAGAAAAAGUUUAAUGAUAAAAUAGAUUGCCUCAUAACAGAAAAAAUUGGUAUUUCACAAAUAAUUGAAAAUCCUCGAGUUCUAGAUUCAAGCAUAAAUACCUUAAAAAGUCGAAUCAAAGAAUUGGUACAUGCUGGUUAUGACUUGAGUACAUCAAACAUCACUAUUCUGUCUUGGAGUCAAAAAAGAUAUCAAGCUAAACUAAAAAAAUUAAAACAGCAGUUGGGGCUUAACUCUUAAAUAGUAGUAUUUAUUUUUUGAUGUAUCAAGGGAGGAUUUUGAUUUCUUAACCAUUGAUGUAUGUAUAAUGAUUGUUUGGAUAUUUUGGCUUAAAGUUUGUAGAAACUCAUAGUUGGUAUGAUGGAGUUACUUCUCCAAGCUACUGCUACUCCAGUUUGAACUAAUGUCCUGUUAUGUAGGCUGCAACUGCUGUGCAGUGUGAUAGUUCCUAAGUGCUGUACAGAACAGU